GCCGUGGAGAGAGAGCUUGCUGGCCUACUCUGUACUACGACCACACCGUUUGCCAGCAGUGUACCAGCGACGUGUAAUACGGCCAGUAAGUCGUUAUACGAUAUCGUACCCAUAGUCGUUGUUGUUGUGUGGCUGUUAUCAUCGCCAUCGUUGUUAUUGUCGUCGCUUAAAAAAAAAAAAAAUAUUAUUUAGUUAAAGUACCUGUUAUAUAUUUUAUACAAACGUUCGCGGUUCGUCCGCGUGCACCGCAGUAAAACAUUAUUAUCGCGGGCAAUAUUUCUCCCGGAACGAUGUACCCGCCGACGAGAAAAAUGUAACGACCCGCCGCCCGUAAACCCAUCCGAGACGACCGCGGGAGAUUGACAUCCGAUUUUUGAACUUUGGCUUCGAGCACCGCCGUAUACCUGACGGAGUGGACGAUUUCGCCGGAGACGUCGAGCGCGAAACCCGACGGUUAUCGCGUAUACUACAGCUGCCGCUGCCACUCACUCGUGUGUGCUUGCUAUAUCGUAUCAUUAAUGAUAAUUAACGUACGGGCAGUUGACAUGGCUAAUGUGGAUGCGAAAAAAAUAGACGGAUGGACGUGGAACAAAUCGGACAGCUGAAUGACACUGACUGUGGUUUUGUGUGUAAAGCUGGCUAAGAAGCGUCGGGAAACACCAUGUGGUUUGGCGUAAAAUGGCUGAUCCAAAUAAGAGUAAAGCACUGUAUUCGUCCGGGGUGGCAUUCCUAGGGUUUGCGUGUUUUGCACUAGCCGCCACUGCCAUUGGAUUGCCAUUAUGGGGUUACUACGAAAAUCCUCAAGCCGAAAUCGGGACUUCGGGAAUCGAUCGUGGUUAUUUUGGACCAUGGCAAAUGUGCAAACAAUCGUACUACGGACGAACGAAAUGUGGUGACUCGAUAUCCAGGUUUCAUCCUGAGGAAACGGUGAAGGUAGCCGGAUAUUUUGCCAUAGCGGGUACGCUGAGCUUGGCCGUGUUUUGCAUCCUGAGUAUAGUACAAUUGGCCAUGGUAGUGUCAAAGGAAAAAGUCGUGUUCGCCUAUAGUAAGACCGUGGUUACCAAAUUGGUGUUUGCAUUCGCAGCAACUUUGCUGGCAAUCAUCGCAGCUGGAUUAUUCGCCCUUCAAACCGACGACAAAGACAACAGUUACCAAGUGACUCGAGGGGAAUCGUUUUAUAUGCAGAUUGGCUUAAUUAUAUUGAACUUUUUACUAUUCGUGGCAGCAAUAUAUGAUUUAAUAUUUUCCCGUCGCUUGGGCGGUGACCCAACCAUCAGUAACCGUGAUCCAUCUGGUGUCGAAGCUACCACAUUCAAUAAUCCUGCCUUUAAGGAGAAGAGGUCAAUGAAUCCAAGAGGAGGAGGAGGAGUGGGCGUCGGCGGCAGUGGUAAAAUAUCAGUGACAGACGCCAGCGGAAAGCCAUACUUGAGCGGCACGACCAACGGGAGUACGAUGUCGAUGACCACUACGCUCAGCUCAAAUGGUUCGUCGAUAACGCCAGUGAUCCGCAGCCCGUUGCGGUCCAGCCUGAAGAAACCACGGUCGGCUAACGGAAACGGGACUGGAGGCGUUGGCGGUCUGGGUAUACAGAACCCCGGUUUCAGCGGUACGUCACCGACCCUGUCCCGGAACGGGAGCGUGAAAAAAGUUCGGAUACAGACCCAGAGUACGGCCGUGUAAGGUCGUGAUGAGAAAGCGACGCACGUCGACUUGACGGAAUAUAAAAUAUUAAUAAAUAUAGACUAAAAACAAAAAAAAAAAACAAAAAACAAAGAAAAAAUAUAUAUAUAUUCCUGCCAACGUUUUGUGAAAAAAUUCGUAUACUUACAACGAUUCACGACUCAUCGUUACCACACAGAGAAUUCGCAGGAUGGUUUUUUUGACUCUCGGGGAUCGUACUCGCAUCAUACCAAUCACUGUAUAAUUACCUAUAUAUUAUUAUAGUUGUACACGUCUUGUGAUUUAAUUGUACGUACUGACACGUAUUAUACGUAGGUACUAAUCGCAAUAAUAAUAUCAUAAUGACGAGGCAACAUUGUUAACAGUUGUAUUGCAGUGCGCCUAUGAAUAUUAUUUAAGACGUUGUUUAUGUGAGUAAAAUAUAAUAUUAAGUAUAUCGUAUCGUACGUCUAGCUGACAUGCGCGCACACACACUAUUAUUAUUAUUAUAUUAUUAUUAUUAUUUUAAUUGUUAAGAUACCACGUCAUAUUUUACGCGCAUCCGUUUCAUCAUCAUUAUUAUUAUUGUUAUUAUUAUUAUUUUAUUAUUUUAUUUUUAUUUUUCGUUUCGUUGGUCGUAUUUAGUUGUUAUUUAAUCAAAAUUUUUAAUUAUUUUUACGCGUCUAAUAUAUAUGUAUAUGGGUUUUGUGCCAAUUUUGGUCCAACGAACGUAUACUGUAUUAAUAUUAUAUAAUAUUAAAUAUAGAGUACCGAACUAUUUGUAACUUUUUUUUUUUUUUACUUAUCUUUCCAGAAAUGUGUUUAUUCUUCGUUUUAAUUUUUACCAUUUUCGAAUAACCCGUAUCGUAAUAAAAUCGUUUUCAGUAGAUAAGUUAAAAUCAUAAUAUUUUAUGUAUUUAUUUUCGUUGUUAAAACAGUUAUUUUAAAACUCAAAUAUUAUACAUUAUAUUUUGUUUGAUUAAAAAUUUGAGUUUACCCUACGAUUCAUAUAAUUCAGAAAUUUAAAAUAUAAUAUUAUAGGAUAUUGUUCGUUGAAGUAUAAUCUAAUAUAAUCGUUAAAUUCACUAUAUUUAGUGUGCCAUCCGAAAAACUCGUUAAAAAAAAAACUUGUUUAUACUCGAUAUCUUUUUAUUUUGUGAAUGUACACAAAACAAUUUGCACAUAAUUUAUAAUACGUAUUACAUUAUUCCCUAUGUAUAAAUAUUAUAUAGUAGUAACAAUAAUAAUAAUAACAAAAUAAUGUAAUGUAUUAUUCAUCAUAUCUUUUAUUGAGUAUAAAAAUUCAAAUGCAUCCAAGUAAUGAUUUUAUUGUAUGUAAUUCAGUUUAUUUAAUAAUUUAGUUAUCAGGUUCAUAUGCAUACUGUCAUAUUGAUAAUAAUUCAUCAUAAUUUAAAUAAAAAUACAUAGAUCUCGCGUAGUGAAGUAUAUUUUUUUUAGCAUUGUUGACAAUCAAAAAAAAAAAAAAAAUACGAAAUAUUAUAGUAAAUAAAUAAUAAAAAUGUUACCUUGACACCAAACUUUGUUCAAAAUAAAACUGACAAUGUUAUGUUUUACAAAAACACACUUCUAACAAUUUUAUAAAUUGUAUUAUUCACGUGAUAUUUUUUACAAUUUUUAAUUGUAAUUAUGCUGUGCACAAAUUAUAUGAAAAUAUUUUUUUAUCUAUGUAUUUAUUUUUAAGUUUUUUAACUAUAUCCAAAGCAAAUUUUUAAGUGUCAUGUUUGCAAAGUUCUAAUAAUAUAUUUAUUAUAGUAGGUACCAAAAAUGGUAUUUAAUAUAGUAAUAUAAGAUAGCAACUGUUAUAUUUUUGUUAUUGUAUUAUAAUGUACAGGGUAAUAUUAUGUAUAAAUAAUAUUAUAAUAAAUUUAUGUAUUUUUUUUUUUUAUCAAAAGCACUAUAAUUUUGUAUUUAAAUAGAUAAAAAAUAUGCACACAUACACAAUAUACAAUACACAUAAUAUAAUACAUACUUUUAUAAUUUCAUUGUAGGUAUCAUUUUAUUCAAAAUUAAGUACUCUUGCAUGUCUAUCACAAUGUUUAAGUAAUUUUCUGGUUCUUAUGAAAAUUCUAUGAAUUUUUGUUUUUUUUUUUAUCACAGUUGAUUUAUUAUCACUAGGUUAAGUCAUUUAAUUGU